AUGUCCGGCUCCGCCUCCGAGUCGCGCCAAGCCCGCGCUGCACGCAUCGCCAAGCUCCACCUCGACACCAACCACCCCCAGCACAUGGCCAUCCAGUCCAUCCAGACGACCUACCGCCUGCGACUCGUCGACGCAUGGCGCCUGGAGCCCGGCAUGCGUGUCCUUGAGCUCGGCUGCGGACAGGGCGACAUGACCACCGUCCUCGCCGACGAGGUGGGGCCUACCGGCCACGUCCUCGCCACCGACCCCGCGGGCGGCGACUAUGGCGCGCCCGUCACGCUCGGCGAGGCGACCGCACACGUCAAGGCCGGCCCGCUGGGCGACCGCAUCGACUUCAAGCUCAACUUUGACCUCGACACGGCCGAGUUCCCGACCGGCAAGGACGCGCAGUUUGACGCCGUCGUCCUCGCCCACUGUACGUGGUACUUUGCGUCCAGCGAGGCCAUUGCGCACGCGCUCGCGCGCGUCCGGCCGUGGAUCAAGGAGGGCGGCAAGCUGUGUCUCGCCGAGUGGGACCUCGAGCCGACCGAGCCGCGCGCACACCUCCCGCACCUCCUCUCGGUGCUCGUGCAGGGCCAGCUCGUCGCGGCGGGGCUGGAAGGCAGCGGAAACGUGCGCACGCCCCUGUCCCGCGCGGCCAUGAUGGCCCUCGUCGCCGAGGCGGGCUGGACAGGCAGCGGCGGCAGGAAGCUCGCGCCCAAGAUUGUCGACACGGCAGGCAUGCAGGACGGCGAGUGGGAGCUGCAUUCGGCGCGCCACGCGCUCGCCGAGGCCCGCAAGCAAAACCUCCCGCGCAAAGUGCUCGACCUGGCCGCCAGCCAGAUCGACGUCAUGGACAGCGUAAAGGCCGCAAAGGUCAACCUCGCGCUCCCGGCAUAUGCCGUCGUCGGCUACGUCAAGGGCGAGUAG